AUGACCGCUCAGGGCGCUUCAGCGUCUCCUUCUAGGAAGCAUUUGCACAGUCUACCUCCAGAACUGCUAGUGGAGAUCUUCCGUGCGCUUGCGCCUCCCCGUUACCCGCAAUGGCCGUAUAGCACAUCCACUGGCGAUCCACGCCGCAUCUCGCAAGUAUGCUCCAGCUGGCGCGCCAUCACACUGGGCAUCAGAGACCUAUGGACGAGCAUACCGAUUAAGAAUGCCUACUGGGCGGCUCUAUCUCUUGAUCGAUCUCGUCCCCUCCCUAUAUCAAUAUCCAUCGUUAGGCUGGAUAAAUUUGGGACGCUCAUUUCCAACCUGAGGAGAGAGCAGCUCAAGGUUGCGGUACACACACUCAAAACCGGUGUCCAGACGGCACUUUCGGAGCCUGCACGCAUAUGCGCUUUUCAUGCCGAACUCUCCACAUACGGCAACGAGGCCGAGUUCCAGGCCUGGUUCGCGCGUAAGCUCUUUGCGUUUUUGGAGGACGCCGAUGUCCCUCUACUUGAGCAUCUCGUCAUCACGGUGGAAUCAUUAGAAAACAUCGGUCAAUACAGUUUCUUCCUUGGUCACCAAACUCCUGCCAACCUUCAAUACGUGUCUAUGUAUGGCCUAUACAGAGGAGAUAUGCCCUGUAUGCAUCUCCUCUCGGCGCCUCUAACAACACUAGAUCUUGGCAGCGGGACGAUCUGGGAUUUCUUGCCGGAUGCUCUGGAUUCGCUGUCUCGACUGCCCACUCUCGAGUCACUCUCUAUCAGACGUGAUAGAGACGAUAUGAUAUGGGAAGGGGCGAUUCUCCCUCCCUACGACAUCAACGUCGAACCGCGAUCGGUUUCUCUUCCCAACCUCAAAAAGCUCUACCUCUACGAACCGCUCGACCUCAUCGCAUGUCUCGUGCGAGCGUUAGCGUUCCCAACAUCUGCGGCCAUCAAGCUUUACGACGCGAACGACGAGGUCGACGACCCGGAUCUGCUCGUCACCUCCGUUCGCGAUUGUAUAGACGUCAUCGUCGCAGGGCUCAACGCACAUUACGCACCCCUCGUCGCAGAGGGUCGUCCGUAUCGAGGUCUCUGCUUACUCUCGAGAGCCCGAGACCACUCCGAGUUCCUCAAUCGAGUCCAUGUUGUGGCAGACUACGCAAUCCGCGGGCAAGAGCUGCAAGACAGUCGCGCCUAUCUCAUGCCGGACCGUAUCGAUCGUGAAUUGCGGGUCCUCGACCACAAACCGCAGGACCGCACACUGGACAUCAGCAUAACCGGUGACGAGACUCUUGAGGCGCACAUACUCGUUGAAAUACUCACCGGCCUCCCCGUCCUCCGGGAAGCGCGCGCCCUCACCUUCUACGACAAAUCCUACGAUCCAUGCGAGGCCUUCCACGCAACCGGCCCACAGGCGUGGCUGGAUGCUCUCCGAUAUCUUGGCGGCAUCCAGGUGGCACAUUUGCAUGGCUAUAUAGCUGUCCGCCAUCUCAAAGCGCUCGUGGCCAACGACGUUCACUACCAUGAUUUCACACCCCGGGUCCUCGUCAUCGAAGACGUUUCCUUCCUCCCUGACCCCAAACCGCCAUCCAUAUCGCUUGAGGAACUUGUGCUUGCGUUGAAGAAGUGUAGCGGGUUCGGCCGGCAAGCGGUGGAGGAGGGUGUCAUGCACGUGGAGAUCAUCUACUGCGAUAUAGACGAUGAGCAGGUCCUCCGUUUACGCCGCGAGUUUGGAGACAACUCUGUAUCAUGGGAUGGCCUAACGCGAGGCUCGAAGCGGUCCAGGCGGAAACCAUGUUCCAUCUAUGCUAUAUCGGACCCAGGAUAA